CUUUUUUGCUUCAUCCCCUGCAGGUAAACAUGUUUGCCCCUAACAAUGACCAGAUGCAUGUGGUCAAUCACCUGAAAGGCGAACCAUCUGAGGAGAAGAGAAACGUGUUGGUGGAGAGCGCGAGGCUAGCCCGUGGAAACAUCCAGGACCUGUCUAAACUCAGUGUCAAAGACCAUGACGCUGUUAUAUUCCCAGGUGGCUUUGGGGCAGCGAAGAACCUCUGUACAUGGGCAGUGCAGGGGAAGGACUGCUCCGUUAAUGAUGAGGUUAAGGCCGUGCUGCAGGCGUUCCACGGUGAAGGUAAACCCAUCGGCCUCUGCUGCAUCUCACCUGUUCUGGCUGCUAAGGUUUUUCCUGGCUGUGAGGUCACCGUCGGCAUCGAGAAGGAUGACAAGUACCCAGACACUACAGACACCGCCUCCGCCAUCAACCAGUUGGGCUGCAAGCACGUGUCUAAGAGUGUCAGCGAGAGCCACGUGGACGAGAAGAACAAGCUGGUCACCACCUCUGCCUUCAUGUGCAAUGCUCCAAUACACGAGAUAUUUGAUGGAAUCGGAGUGAUGGUGCAGGACGUGCUGAAACUUGCUUGAUUCUAUGAAUACUUAAAAGAUGGUGAAAUGAUGUUACAGUAACUCCUUGAUCAAAAGCACUUCCAGAUACUCAUAAAAUAUACAUGUUUGAGUAGUAAUGUGUCCAGCAUGGUGUAAUUUAUUUAGCAAAAAUCUCUAAACUCUCAUGAUGGCAGUGUUGAUCACAUUUGCAAUAAAAUGAAACAGUUCACUUU